AGAACCCUAUUAAUGUAAAAUCCCCAGAACUUUUCUUCAUUAUGAUGUCUGCAACCAUGUUUAGUGCCACCUACAAAAUUUCACCAAUGUGCGCCUCGCGCUACGUUUCACCUACAUGUACGAAAUUCCGUAAACAUGUGUAAGAUGCCAAUACGUACAAAAACGUCUCUUGAACCCAUGCCCUAAACUCAAUGGAAGUCAGCCAUUUUGAUUUUUCUCUUAAAUUUUUGCUCCAUUUUUUGCCAUUUCCAGGCCUCAUAUUUUAACGAACCCCUCCAGGAGAUUUCAUCAGAUCGGCAUCAUAUUUUGUCAGUCUCAUCUAAAGCCAUAGACGAUGCUAAAUUGUGAAGCUUUUGAGUUUUCGCAGCACGGCGUGGGCGUGGCGGUCUCACAAAUUUCAAUAUUUCAGCAUGAAAAAGGAAGUUGUUAUAACUCAAACAUAGAAUGUCCAAUCUGCUCCAAACAUCACAUGUUUGAUAAAAGUCCCGGCCUGGAGACAUCUACAUGCCAAUGUUCAGUUAUAGUCAUAGUGCCACCUGCUGGCAACAGGAAAUUACAUGUUUUACAUCAUGAUACGCUCCUAACAUCAUAUAAAUGCUAAAAAGUGCUUAAAAAAAUGGAACCGAGUACCCCUGACAGAGCAGACCCAACCUGCAUCUGGGUGUGAGGGCCCUUUCAUACUGUGUAAACUGCACAGCUACUAGCUACUCUUGUCAUCUCAAAACUGGACUACUGCAAUGCACCACUCUUGGACCUCCCAGCCAGCUCCAUCAAACCCCUUUAAAUGAUUCAGAAUGCAGCAGCAUGCCUCAUCUUCAACCAGUUCAAAAGAACCCAUGUCACACCCCUCUUCAUCUCCCUCCAAUGUCUUCCUGUAGCUGCCUGCAUCUAAUUGAUAAUGAGUCUUUAUUGGUCACACAUACAUUACAGCACAGUGAAAUUGUUUUCUUCACAUAUCCCAGCAUGUUAGGAAGCUGGGGUCAGAGCGCAGGGUCAGCCAUAGUAGAGCACCACUGGAACAGAGAGGGUUAAGGGCAGUGGCAGCCUGGUAGUGCUGGGGCUUGAACCCCCGACCUUCCGAUCAGUAACCCAGAGCCUUAACCUCAAAACCACCACUACCAUUCAAGGCCUUGAUGCUCACGUACAAGACCUUGUCUGCAACAGAACAGUCUGGGGAAGAUGCUCAUCGACAAGCUAAUCAAACAGCUGCUUUGAUAUUUCUUAGUACCUUGGGAAGGUAGUUACAACCAUCAACUCAGAUAAGCAAGUUGCAAACCAUCGAUAAGGUAAACCUCAACCAAGGAAAAAUAAAUGUAGGGUGUUAUCAUUAGGGAGUAAUUUUUGUGGAUGCAAUAGCAGAGAUAAAAUAGCAAAAGAUAUAACUAAUGUUAUAAUAUAUCUAAAGAAAUUGCUAACCUUAACUUACAUAGAUAUUCAUGUACUAAAUUAAGUUAUGUUAGUUGACAUUAGAAAAAGAUACCUUGACUGAACUAACGUUAGUUAAGCAAAGUUAGGCUGUGUUCACUCCAGAGCUGCAACAAUCAAUUAUGAAAGUGGUUAGUUGGUCUGUGCGAGGCACGGGGUACAUUUACUCCCUAUGUUCCUUCUCUUACAAAAACGUGCAUUGGAGAAUAAAUCCAAAAAAGUAUUAUUGGAGAGUAGAUAUAAAAAAUAAAAAAAGUUGUGUCCCAAAUGACGUAUUAUACACUGACACUAUGCACUACGUACUCUACUGUCUAGUGUAUGAAUUUUAGAAAGGUGGUAUCAUCUGAAAUGGAACAUUAGCGGGGUUUUUUUACUACCCGGAAGUAUAAGCCACUUCCUAGUUGAUGCCGCAUGACAUUAUAAUAUGAUUUCAUCAUAUUAUAGUAUUAUAUAUAUUUUAUAUUAGUAUUAUGUACUAAGAGACACUGUGUUUGAUAUCUUUGAAGAUGGAUCAUGAAAAUUGAAAUGAGUGGUCAAUGAAAUCUGAGCCAGAGGAUUACGUAAUGAGCAGCAGGAGAAAUUCUUUUUAAUUGUAUUGUUAUAGUUACCAGAUAUUUUUGGUCUUACAGUAUGAUCAAAGAUUUUUGAUAAGCACAAUCAAUGUGCUUGGUCACUCAUUCACCCAAUGUUCUGUGUCAUAAUCACUCUGGGUUCUGGAUUAGUGUGUGAGGGCAUACAUAAUACAAAUUUGUUUAAAGAAUUCUAGUCUGUUGGAGUGGCAUCCUGGGCAUAUUACCAUCUUAAACCCAGUGCACCUGGGAUAGGCCACUAUGUACUGAGAAUGUACAUGUCAGAUAAAUGCCCUCGAUCACAUUUAAGAGUCGUUGAUGUUUUACUGGUCUACUUGACUACCCCUGUUUAGAGGAACCUUCAUCUCCAGUUCAAAAUCUCUGUUUUACAGUCAUUUAGAAAGCAUACUCAUUGGGGCUAUUUUCAUGAUUCAUGUCAUAGCAUAGUGUUUCUAAUGGAACGCAGAGCUCAUGUCUUUUCCGUUAGAUGAAAGUUACUGUUUGCCCUCUGUUAGCGGUUAAGUCCAUCGUUGGAGACAAACAAAUGUUUUCUAACCAUAGUUAAUCUCUGAAUGAGUCAGCAUUCAUCAACUGACUAAUUUCUAAAUCUGUCUAGACCAAGCAUGGCUAUAGCAGAGUACUGUGUUGGGAUUGAGAUUUUCACACGUUUGUAUACACUCAGCCCUAACUGCACUGUGGCUUCAGAAAAUAAUCAGACCUCUAUAUGUUUUACAAACCCAAUUCCGAAAAAGUUGGGACAGUAUGGAAAAUGCUAAUAAAAAAAGAGGAAUGAUUUGUAAAUGUACUUUGACUUGUAUUUAAACAAACAAACAAAAAACUUUUAAAGACAAGGUAUUUGAUGUUUUACCUGAUCAACUGCAUAGUUUUUUGAAGGUAAAGAUUUAUUUUGAAAUUGAUGCAUGCACACAUUCCAAAAAAGUUGGGACAAGGGCAAUUUAGGACUAAUAGCGAUGUGACAAGUUGAAAUAAGAAGGUGAUGUGAAACAGGUGAGGCAAUCGUCUAAUCAUAGUAUAUAAGAAACCUCCAAAAAAGGCCUAGUCCUUCAAGAACAAAGAUGGGACGAGGCUCGCCAACCUGCCAACAGAUGCGUCAGCGAAUAAUCCAACACUCUGAGAAAGAACAUUCCCCAAAAGACAAAUCGGUAAGAUUUGGGGCAUUUGACCUUCUACAGCACACAAUGUAAUUAAAAGAUUCAAAGAAUCCAGUCAAAUAUCGGUGUGUAAAGGGCAAGGCCAAAACCCCACUUCUGAAUGCGCGUGAUCUCCGAUCCCGCCAAUGUCACUGUCUUAAAAACCGUCAUGAGUCUGUAAUGGAUAUUCUGACAUGGGCUCGGGAAUACUUUGGUAAACUUUCAGUCAACACCAUUCACCACUGCAUCCACAUAUACAAGUCAAGGCUUUACUAUGCAAAGCAGAAGCCGUACAACACUGUUCAGAAGCACAACCUACUUCUCUGGGCUCGGUCUCAUCUGAGAUGGACAGUAGCACAGUGGAAACAUGUUUUGUGGACCGACGAGUCAACAUUUCAAAUAGAUUUUGGACAAAACAGCCAUUGUGUUCCCCCAGGCAAAGAGGAAAUUGACCAUCUAAGCUGUUAUCAGCGUCAGGUCCAAAAGCCAGCGUCUAUCAUGGUAUGCGGGUGUGUCAGUGCCCAUGGCAUGAGUAACUUGCACAUCUGUGAGGACAUCAUUAAUGCAGAAAGAUAUGUCGACAUUUUGGAGCAGCAUAUGCUGCCAUCUAGAGCAGGACAACGCCAAACCACAUGAUUGCAGAUUCUGGAGGCACAUGGUUGCUUAAGCAGAUGGUGUGGGUGCUAGCAUGGCCUGCUGCAGUCCUGACAGGUCUCUGAUUGAGAAUGUGUGGCGUGUUAUGAAGCGCAAGAUAAGGCACAGAAGGCCUCGUACAGUUGUGCAGCUGAAGAAAUGCAUAAUGGAUGAAUGUGGAAAAAUUCUGCUUGCUAAACUUAACCAACUGGUGUCUUCAUUCAGCGCCCAAACGCUUAAUAAGUAUUAUUGAAGAAAAGGUGAUGUUACACAGUGGUAAAUAGUCAACUGUCACAACUUUUUUUGGAGUGUGUUGCAGUCAUCAGAUUUGAAAUAAGUGUAUAUUUUCAAAAAUAAAUUUAAUUCAAAGAGGAAAACAUCAAAUAAUGUGUCAAUAAUGUGUUUUCAAUAUAGUACAGGGUGAAAUGAAUUUUCAAAUGACUGGGUCUUCCAGCAGGAUAAUGAUCCUAAGCAUACCUCCAAAGUUAUAACAACAUGGCUUAAAGACGAUAAAGUGAAAGUACUGGAGUGGCCAUCACAAAGUCCUAACCUGAAUCCCACAGAACAUUUCUGGAAUGAACUGAAAAAGCAUGCCUGAGCAAGGUGGCCCAUAAACUCCAGUUGAUAUCAGAAAAAAGACCAGAUGGUUUGUUUUUUCAAUCUUCAACUGUUUAGUUUGGGUGAGCCUUUGCCCAUGAUAGCCUCAGAUUCUUGGUCUUGCCUGACAGGAGUGGAACCAGAUGUGGUCUGCUGUUGUAGCCCAUCCAUCUCAAGGUCUGAUGUGAUGUGCAUUCUUAGAAGCAAGCACUGCAUGACCAUAUCACUGUGAGAUUAUUAGGCACAGUGGCUUAAUGGUUAGCAUGUUUGCAUCACACGUCCAGGGUUGGGGGUUCGAUUCCUGCUGCAGCCCUGUGUGUGUGGAGUUUGUAUGUUCUUCCCGUGCUCUGGGCUUUCCUUUGGGUACUCCGGUUUCCUCCCCAGCCCAAAGACAUGCAUUGUAGGCUGAUAAGCAUGUCCAAAAGUGUCUGUAGUGUGUGAAUGUGUGUGUGAUUGUGCCCUGCGAUAGAUUGGCACCCCGUCCAGGGUGUCCCCCAGCUUGUGCCCCAUGCCUCCUGGGAUAGGUUCCAGGUUCCCUGUGAGCCAGUAAGGAUAAGUGGUACAGAAAAUGGAUGGAUGGGUGGAUUUAAGAGAAACAAAAACAAUUGUAUUCAAAGUGCUUCUCAGAGUACAAAUGUCAAACUCUACAAACUGCUUUUACUCUCAUUGCCAGCAUGCAGAGCAAACCUGACCACAGUAUGCAAAUACUGAGAAGCCAAUCUAGAGGCUUCAUAACUGCAUAUUUACAUAAAGGAAGUUUAGCAGAUUGUGUAAUAGUAAAGAUAUUCCUGCAGUCUUGUCAUAGCUUAAGUCAGGUAAGAGGUCAUGUGACUUUUCACAGUGAGAUGCUUUAUAAUCAGGCCACGAUGUACAGAUGUAAUACUCCAUAACUGCCUUUUACUGCUCGACAGUUCAGACAAAUUGAGACUUACCUUAAUAAGCAACUGAAUAAUGGAUCGUGUAGAGUUAUCAACUUUGGAUCCCAUUUCUUCAGAUUAUAUUACUGUUACAACAGACAGUGAGGAAGACUAUAUAGCACCAGACAGUGGCCUUUGCGAUAAAAGUUGGGUGAGAGGGUUCCGUGGCUCUUAUGAACCCCCUCUUUACUGGAUCAUCUUUGCAGUGGGAGCUGUAGGCAACUUACUUGUUGUGUGGAUCUACACUACUGUACGAAACCGACUUAAAACCAUGACUGAUGUCUACUUGCUAAACCUGGCAAUAGCCGAUCUGCUGUUCCUGGGCACACUCCCAUUCUGGGCCACAGAUGCUGCCCAGGGCUGGGUAUUUAGUGUCAGUGUCUGCAAGGGAGUCCGUGCUGUCUACAAGAUCAAUUUCUUCGCAAGCAUGCUGCUGCUUACUUGCAUUAGCGUAGACCGCUACAUAGCAAUAGUCCGCGUAACUCAGGCCCACAACUUUAAAAACAAGAGGAUGUUCUACAGCAAGCUAGCCUGCCUGUUUGUGUGGCUGGUGUCCUGUCUUUUAUCUCUCCCGGAGUUUCUAUCUGCUAAAGUGAAGACAAACCUGCAAGAGGAAUCCUUCUGCAGUCUGGUUUAUCCCUCUGAGGACAAAAACCUUACCAAAAUCUUGGUGUUGUCCCUGCAGAUCUCAGUAGGCUUCUGCCUACCUCUAUUGGUCAUGGUGGCAUGCUAUUCUGUGAUCAUCCGCACCCUGAUACAGGCUCGCAACUUUGAGAAGCACAAAGCACUAAGGGUCAUCUUUGCUGUGGUCGCAGUUUUUGUCCUCUCUCAGUUGCCAUACAAUGGGCAUUUGGUUGUAGAGGCAACACAAGCUUAUAACAUGACCAUGACAGAGUGCGAUGUUGUAAAGAUGUUCGAUGUGGUUGGACAGGUUGUGAAGAGUCUGGCUUACACACAUUGUUGCCUGAACCCAAUCCUGUAUGCUUUCAUUGGGGUACGCUUUCGAAAGGAUCUGCUCCAUCUGUGCCAGUGCUUGACCUCAGGGCUUGGUGGCAUUAACAAAGUGCAGUCGGUUCCCAAAAGACCAUCUGUUAUGUCUGACACAGACACUACACCAGCAUUGUCUCUGUAGUCUGUUGUAAACCUUUUACAGUAACUUCCACUUAAAAGCUCAUCUAUCACACAUCAGCUGAGAAUUGUUAAUAGCAUCUUUUUAGUCUUUCUACUUAGAUAUCUGUGUACUAUAAUAGUCAUUUAGAGAACCGUUUGGACAGUGACUGCAAGCAUAGAAGAUAAAAAUGCAAUCCUCAAAUUCACAAGGUAGUCCUGCAAAUACAAACCUCGACUAUGUUCAAUGCUUGUUUAAUACUACUCAGCACAUUAUUGUUCAUGUGUAGUGUCGACUGAUAUGGAGUUUCUGAAAUAAACAAGUGACUCUUGGCAUGAUUACUGUAAAUUCUAUACUUAAUACAGUGGUAAAUUUGCUUUGUUACAGGAAUUUAAGCUUUAUGAAAAUAUAAAAAAGUAUUUUUUCUUAGAAAUUGUAAUUAUGCUGCCCAGAUUUUUUAAAUAUUUUUUUUUUAUUUUUGCAUUUACAGUUUACUCCUGUUAAAUAAAUAAAACUGUAUAUUUUUGUAAAUACACAUGUAUAGGGCAAUUUAAAAAAAAAAAAAAUCUUUAUAAUGUUCUGUACUUCUACCUUUGAAUAAAACAUAUUUCAAGAA